AUGAAGGAAAAAACCAAUUAUGAAAUUUUAUAUGAUACAUUUGUAAAAUAUUGUUACAAUAUUUCCUAUAUAAGGUACGUAAUGUUUCCCAUAUUACUGUCUACAAUUAUAGCUUGUUAUCUCGAAGUUCAGGCAAGUAACAUAUCAAAAAGAAUUGCAGAAGAUUUUGAAAAUAAAAUAAAUGCAGGAAAAAGUAUAUUUAAAUAUAUUUUAUUUUUAACUUCAUCAAUAGUAUUAAGACAAAUUAAUGAUAUUGUGUUUAGCGGGCCAAUACAAUUUUUAUAUAAAAUUGUUGGAGUUGAAGCAUUUUAUCAUUACAUUUCAUUAAACUUAGAAAAUUUUAACAAAAUAGGAAGUGGAGAGAUACAAAUGAUUAUAGAGCGGAAAAGUAGAGCAUAUGGUGACAUACUAGAACUAACUACUCUCUCGGCCGUACCAACCUGUAUUGUAGUUAUUAUGUCGUUUUUCUCAGUAUAUAAAAAUUUGGGAAGAGAUGCACUCUACGUAAUGUUGGCUACAAGUGCCUUGUAUGUGUAUUUUACAUUUGUAUUUUCAAUAUGGAGAAACAAUAUUAGAAGACAAUAUAAUAAGUCACAGGAUAAAUUAUCGAAUAAAUUACAAGAUUUUUUAGCUAAUCAUGAAACAAUUAAAGCCUAUAAUAUGGAAGAAGAAACUAUUACAUAUUUUGAUGAAAAUCAAAAACCGGUAGAAUAUUUUGGGGUAAAGUCUCACAGAAUUUUGUUCUCUCUUUUAUAUAUACAAAAAAUGACAUUUGCGAUACAGGCAAUUAUUAUUAUCACAUUAGGAUCUUUUGGAUAUUUUCCGAUUAAAUUAUCCUCUCAACAGUUAGUCUUUUAUAUUUCGAUUAGUAAAACGUUGACAAAUUCGUUGAGCGAAAUGGGAAUGCUAUACACAAGAUAUGUACAAGGAUUUUUAAAUGCAAAGUCUGGAUAUUACGAGUUUAAAGAGGAUACACAAACUGAUAAAAUAAGACUGAUAGAUUUUAAUGAAAAGCUAGAAUUUAGAAAUGUAUCUUUUAGUUAUUUAAAUAAGCCUAUUUUACUGAAUGCCAAUUUCGUUAUUAAUAAAGGGGAGCGUGUUGCUAUUAUAGGAAAAAAUGGAACAGGUAAAAGUACAAUAAUAAAAUUGUUAAUGAAAUUUUAUAAAUAUGAUGGAGAUAUAUUAAUUGAUGAUACAGAAAUAGAUAAUAUUUCGGAUAGAAGUUACAGAAGUUUAAUAUCAUAUGCAACACAAAACACGUUCUUAUUCGAUAAUACUGUGACAUACAAUAUAUUUUACGGGACUAAAAACGUAACAGAAAAAGAAGUUUUAGAAUUAGCCAAAAAAAUAGGUGUAUUAGAGUCUAUACAGGAAUUUAAAGAUGGGUUUAGCACAUCGGUCGGUGAACGCGGAAGAUUUUUAUCUGGUGGUGAAAGGCAAAAAAUUAUGCUGAUGCGUGCAUUGCUUAAAAAUUCAGAGAUCGUUUUAUUAGACGAGCCAACCUCAGCACUAGAUAAAAAGAGUGAACUAGAAACUAUGACAUAUAUUUUUAAUGAAUUUAAGUACCAUACUUUUGUAAUAAUUGUACACAAUCUAGAAUUAUUGGCUUUGUUUGAUAAAAUUUUAUUUGUAAAUGGUAAUGAGGUAACAAUGAUAGAAGACAUUAACAAAAAACUUGAAGAAAAUUCAAAGUAUUUUGCAGAUAUUUUAAACAACGAAUAA